ACGGGCCCCGAGGGCGGAUCACUCUUCAGAGGCCAGCGCCAGCGAAUUGUUGAUCAGUUGAUGAUAGCGGUAUGUUACAGCAGCCUGCCGCUUCUAUACGCCUCGACUGCUACCCAUUACCAGCAACGCAGACUCGCCAAGACAUGCGAGUAUCCUUGUCCCUUCCACGCGAACUAGGCUUACUGCGCCAUGCUAUUGUUCAGAGGCACACGCAACGAGACUUUCAUUAUCAAGAGUCGUCUCAGCGGGGGCGCCAGCCCGAACGCCCCAAUUUUGUUCAACAAUGCAGUGGGCCCCGUUCCAGCGGGUUGUGAGUCAACGCCGCUUGGCUUCGCUAUCCUUGCCAACGAUGAAGCACUUCUGGACAUGCUGCUGAACAAGUACGCAGCGGACCCGAGCUUGCCUGUGCAACUUCCACAUUCCCUUGCCUUUACCCCACUGCACCUCGCCGCCGCCCUGGGCCGCGCGACCAUGGUCGCCAAGCUGCUUGCCAAAGGCGCAAAUCCGAACACGCCCAUCGCCGCGAAGACGACGGGACCAACAAGCCCGCGCCAGCCUGCACCCACCGGCAACACUCCACCCUUGCCGCCUCCGCGCGUGGUGCCCGCCAACCUCCAAAGGACAAUGGUGGGAGACACAGCGCUCCACAUCGCCAUCGACGCCGCCGGCAGCGCCGCGGUGGUCAAGGCGCUGCUCGCCAGCCCCACAACGAAUGCGGACGCGCCCAACGGCCGCGGCCGCACACCAGCUUACAAGGCGGUGAAGCGGGCAAACAGGGCAUGCUGGGAGGCGCUGCUUGGCGCCAAGGCCGCUGGCCGCGUGGACCUGAACCGCGGGAGAGUCAUCUUCGCGGCUAUACAGGUGGACCCGGCUUGGGUGGAGCGGGUGGUCCGGGCGGGCGCGCACGCGGACGGCUCGUGGCGCAACGAGCGCGGGCAGAGCCCGCUGGAGUUCGCGGUGUACCGCUGCUGGGCGCCCAUGUGGCCGUCACGUGCUGACGUCAUCCGUGCGCUGACACGCCACGGUGCCCGGGUCACACACGCGAUGCUGAGGUACGCACAGCAGAGCAACUGGAGCAGGGUGGUAGAAGCACUGGAGGCGGCGCUGGCGAGGCAGGGCCCGGAGCCGGAGCCGCCGGAGCCGCAGAUGGUGGAGGUGUUUUCCGGAGCGCGGCGGGAGCCGGCGGCGGCACGAGGCGCAUGGGGCGGUGGGCAGGACGGCAGCAGAGGCUACGGCAGCAGCAGCAACGGCGGCCGCAACGGCGGCGGCGGCGGCGGUGGCGGUGGCGGCAGAGCCAAUUACCCGCCGCCGGGCAAGAGUGGCAACUUCCUGUCCAGCGUCGUUUAUUGGUUGUUGCCGCUGGAGCCCAUUUGUACAGAGCAAAUUAUUGGGGUGAUCUCCAACUGCCACCCCUGCGCAUUCAUCCUGAUGCUCCCGGUCUUUAUGCCUCUGCUCAUCAUGGGCAUGUAUAUUGAUUUCAUCGUUAUGGUGCUCCGCCUCAUAAGCCUUACGAUGCUGGCGGUGUUGGCGGUACCGCCAGCCGCCCGGACGGCGUGGGACCUGGCGAGCUGGGUCCUGGCAGCCUGGCGGCGGUGGGCAUCAUCAUCAUCAUCAUCACAUCCCGCCGCCGCCGGUGCGCCUGGAGCAGGAGGUGGGCCCGCCGGACGCUGUGCCGCGAUGAGCGCUGCCCAGGCCGCCCACAUCACUGGCGCCAGAGGUGACGCGGGAGGCGCUGGUGGCGGCUGGGGCGUGUGGGCGGUCUGCGUCUUCCACGGCGCCUGGGACGCGGCGGCGGGCUUGGCGGCGCGUGUGCAGCUCGCGCUGGUGGAUGCGGCGGCGGCGCUGCGCCACGGCCCGCAGGCGGUGUCGGAGCCUGCCUCGCCCGCCGCCGCCGCGCAGGCAGGCGUGGCGGCGGUGUUUGUGGUGGCGGCGCAGGCGCUGUGGAGCGUGGGCGUGGUGGCGGGCGCGUUGGUCCUGUCCAUGAGCUGUGCGGCGCUGUGCUGUGAGGGUUGUGAGUUUGCGGUGGAACUUGUGCUGAGCGAGGGCGCUUGGCUGCGGCGGGUCGUGGGGCGGCGCGGCGCGGCGCGGCGGCUAGCCAACGGCUCGCGGGCGGAGGCCUGGCAGUUGAUGAUGUACUUCUGGGUGUCGCUGUUGGUGCGGUGGGUCACGGGGGUGGGGUUUUGGCCGCUGGCUGGGGCUAUGCUGGCGGCGGGGCUGGUGGCUGAGCUGCUGCGAUGAGUGGCUUGACGACGCCGCGACCCGUAAGCAGGCGGACUGCUGAAUCCGGCAACGGCACGGAAACGUACACUGCUGCUCAGCCUGCUGCUGGCAAAGGCACACAAGUACCGGUACUGAACGCGGGGCAGUGGGUUGGGCAGUUUGGCAGGCCGUACAUGUUGGCGGCGUCGAUGCCAACCGCUAAUUAGCGCUCCAGGAUUGCGCCCCUGCAAUGCGCGCACGCGUGUGGGCGUGCAAACUUACUAUAGUUUAGUUAGUUGUAUCGGCUGGCGGAGGUCAGGGACUCAAACUCAGGGUCAGGGUUUGGCCCCUGGCGGCAAGUGGUCAUCAAGAGGACGCGGAAUCGAUGUGACGAGAGGCAGGCAGGCGUGCUCUCCAGUCUCCACGUAUUGCUUGUGUGAUGGGGGCUUAUACGCUCGAGGAUAAAAGGUGCAUUUUAGGAGGAGGAGCACUGAGAGCAUGCAUUGCAGGCGAAGAGGCGAUGAGGGCCUAGGGAACUGGGCGU